GUAAAAUUCUGUAUACAAUCGCAGUUAGCAGUUAUAGGUUGACAUUCAGUCAGUCUCGGAGGUUGAAGAAGAGCUCUUCUACCAUUUUCCUGUGAAAACCUCACGAUGAGUUUCCGGAUGGUAGCAAAAGCAUCACGAAGCCGAAACAGAGAGCGCUUAUCUCCAAUUUUCUCCGCAGUCAGACGCUCAUUCUCCGAUGUCUGCUCUCAAUCUACACCACCUUCGUUUGGGAUUGUUUUCGACAUCGACGGCGUCGUUUUACGUGGCGACAUUCCCAUUGGAGGAUCUCCGCAAGCACUCAGAAGAUUGUAUCACACCUCUGGGUCUUUGAGAGUUCCGUACAUAUUCUUGACAAACGGAGGCGGUUUUCGAGAAUCUACAAGAGCCCGCGAGUUAAGCGAACUAUUGGGUGUUAAUGUUACACCUUCGCAGGUUGUACAGGGCCAUUCACCUUUCAAGCAGUUGGUAGACAGAUACAAAAAUGAACUUGUUGUUGCUGUGGGGAAAGGAGAACCUGCUGCAGUGAUGUCUGAAUAUGGAUUUAAAAAUGUUCUUUCAAUUGAUGAUUAUGCUUCAUGCUUUGAAAACAUUGAUCCAUUAGCACCAUAUAAGAAAUGGACAACGAAGGUCACCUCUAAAGAUAGAACUACUGAGGAGGUGCGGGUGCCUCUAAGAAACAAUGUACAGUCUCAGAGAGUUCAAGCAGCAUUUAUAAUUAGUGAUUCUGUUGAUUGGAGCAGAGACAUUCAGGUUCUAUGUGACAUUCUCAGAACUGGAGGUCUUCCUGGUCGGGAUAUUGGUCACCAACCACAACUCUAUUUCGCACAUGAUGAUCUUGCCUACCAGGCUGCUUUUCCUUCUGAACGUCUUGGUUUGGGAGCUUUCAGAAUUGCAUUAGAAGCGGUCUUCAAUCGAGUUCACCAACAUCCUCUGGAAUAUACAUGCUAUGGGAAACCAAAUCCCUUCGUAUUUAAGAAUGCAGAAAUCUUACUUGAGCAACUUGUGUCAUCUCUUCAUCAUGCAAAUGCUGCAAGUCAUCAUUUCAAAACACUCUAUAUGAUAGGAGAUAAUCCUUUAGUUGACAUCAAAGGCGCAAAGAAGGCAGGACAUCCCUGGUUUUCUAUUCUGACAAGGACAGGGGUUUUCAAAGAGAAGGGAAAUCAUCCCAACUUUCCAGCUGAUCUAGUUGUUGACACUGUGGAGGAAGCUGUGGACUAUAUUCUGAAAAAGGAAUGUAACUCUUGAGUAUGGUCUACCAGAAUAUACAUAUAUAUUUCUAGAUUUGAUAUAUAUAAUUUUUCUCUACUUGAUUAUUAUUGCGGAAAAGGGUGGGAUUUUCAUAUGAAAGUGAAGAGAAAUAAAAGAAGUUGGUUUCCAAUUAGUUGCAAUUCAUAGAAGUUUUCUAGGCAUGUAGUCCAGGUUCAUAUAUUUGUGAUGAAAUCCAUAGUUUGAUAUUUAAUU